AUGGACCGGCAGAAGGUGACGGUGACGGGGUACGUGGACCGGCGGGAGGUGCUGCGCGCGGCGCGGCGGACCGGCAGGGUGGCGGAGUUCUGGCCGUGGCCGUACGACGGCGAGUACUACCCGUUCGCGAUCCAGUACCUGGAAGACAACACGUACAUGGCCACCGACAGGUACUACCGCCACGGCUACAACGACCCCAUGAUCGGAUCCUACCCCUGCCACGCCUUCACGCAUGUCCUCGACGACGACGCGCUCUCCGUCUUCCACGACGACAACGUCCACGCCUGCACCGUAACGUGA